GCGCGAGCCAGGCCAUUUCCUGACCUUGGUCUUUUUGACUGCUACCAUCUCCGCUCCCGCCUAUGGCGGCGUCCACCUCCGACUCGCCGCCGCUCGCCGCCUUCGUGUCGAUGCUCACCGCGCGCCGCUUUGCCGCCGCUAAGUCUCUGCUCUCCUCCCUCCUCACGCCCCGCCUCCUCGCCGUGCCAUUCUCCGACCUCGCCGCCUCCUCCCUCCCCCGCGGCGCCUCACCCCACGCCGUGGCGGCCUUCCACGACAUGCUCUUCCGCGCGUACGCCGACGCUGGCGCCGCCGCCCGUGCGUCCGAGGCCCUCGACCUCACCGUCUCCCGCCUCGGCCGCCUCGAUCCUCGCUCACUCACGUCGUCCCUGCUCUCCCUCCGCCGAACCGGACAUCUCGCCGCCGCCGCGGACCUCCUUAGGCGGGCGCUCACCUCUUGUCCCGACUCUGUCUCGCCUCUCUCCGCGUCUGUCGUGGUCGACGGGUUUUGCAAGGCCCGCCGCAUCGCCGACGCCCGCCAGCUGCUCGACGAAAUGCCUCGCCACGGCGUGAAGCUGAAUGCUUUGUGCUAUAACUCGCUGCUUGACAGCUACACACGCCAAAAAGAUGAAUCCCGGGUCGCGGAGGUGCUAAAGAUCAUGAAAGAUGAAGGCAUCGAAUUGACAGUUGGGACAUAUACAAUCCUUGUGGAUGGUUUAUCGGCGACCAUGGAUAUCAACAAGAUUGAAGCUGUGUUUGAUGAGAUGAAGAGGAAGAAUGUCAUAGGGGAUGUGUAUUUCUAUUCAGCGGUCAUCAACGCAUACUGCCGUGCAGGGAAUGUGCGGAGGGCGUCUGAGGUAUUUGAUGAAUGUGUUGGCAAUGGCAUUGAGCCAAAUGAGCGCACAUAUGGAGCAUUGAUCAACGGGUUCUGCAAGAUUGGGCAGAUGGAGGCUGCAGAGAUGUUGCUGGCAGAUAUGCAGGCGCGAGGGGUAGGCCAUAACCAAAUUAUUUUCAAUACGAUGAUUGACGGGUAUUGUCGUAAAGGGAUGGUGGACAAUGCUUUUAAAAUAAAGGCGACCAUGGAAAAAACAGGCAUUGAGCUGGACGUGUACACAUACAACACACUAGCCUGUGGGCUUUGCAGGGUGAAUAAAAUAGAUGAGGCCAAGAACCUAUUGCAUAUCAUGAUCGAGAAGGGUGUCGCGCCGAAUUAUGUCAGCUACACUACAUUGAUCAGCAUACACUGCAAGGAAGGUGACAUGGUGGAGGCUAGAAGGCUGUUCCGAGUAAUGGCAGGGAAAGGGGCAAUGCCAAGUGUUGUAACGUACAAUGUUAUGAUGGAUGGGUACAUCAAGAAGGGGAGCAUCCGCGAGGCCGAGAGGUUCAGAAAGGAGAUGGAGAAGAAAGGGCUUGUCCCAGAUGUAUACACAUAUGCAUCACUUGUUCAUGGGCACUGUGUCAAUGGGAAGGCGGAUGUGGCACUGAAGCUGUUUGAAGAGAUGAAGCAGAGGGGAACCAAACCUAACGUUGUGGCUUAUACGGCUCUGAUAUCAGGUCUGGCAAAGGAAGGGAGAUCAGAAGAGGCGUUCCAGUUGUACGACGAUAUGUUGAAAGCUGGAUUGACUCCGGAUGAGCUCCACGUCUGCAGUGUGAUCCCGGCGUGCGGCGGCGAGGGAAAGCUCGAGCUUGGCCGGCAAAUCCACGGCUUUGCGGUGAAGCUGGGUGUCGACGGGCACGUCUCCAUCGGCAAUGUGCUCGUCGCGAUGUACUACAAGUGCGGCGCUCCCGGCUGCGCCCGGAAGCUGUUCGAGCUCAUGGACGAGCGCGCGGUCAUCUCAAGGACCACAGCGAUCUCCAUGGACAGGGAGGACGACGCCGUGACACUAUUCAAAGGCAUGCGGCGUGAUGAGGUGGCGCCGAACGAGGUCACCUUCGUGGCAUUGCUCUCAGCGAUGCUGGGAGACUGCCCGGCGAGGGAAGGGCAGAUGAUCCACGCGGUGUGCCUCAAGACCGGCAUGUCUGGUAAGGCGGCGGCGGCGGCGAACAGCCUCAUAACCAUGUACGCCAAGCUGCGGCGCAUGGAGGAUGCGAGGAUGCUCUUCAAUCUUAUGCCUCACCCGGAGAUCAUCGCUUGGAACGCUCUGAUCUCAGGUUACGCACAGAAUGAGAAGUGCAGGGUCGCUCUCGAGGUCUUCUCGUCAAUGGUGAAGUGCAUGAAACCCAACGAGACAACGUUCGCAAGCGUCCUCAGCGCGGUGACCGCGGUCGAGACGGUGUCCAUGGCUUACGGCCGGAUGUAUCACUGCCAGACGCUGAAGCUGGGGCUCGGAACUAGCGUGUUCGUCUCUGGCGCUCUCAUCGACAUGUACGCGAAGCCAGGCAGCUUGGAGGAGUCUCGGAAGGCGUUCGCCGAGACCGUCCACCGCAGCCUCAUUGCCUGGAUGGCGAUCAUCUCGGCGAACACGAAGCAUGGGAACUACGACGCCGUCGUGAGCCUCUUCAACGACAUGGUACGCUCCGGCGUGACUCCGGACGGCGUGGUUCUGCUCUGUGUCCUCACGGCUUGUCGGUACAGCGGGUUUGUCAGCUUGGACCGGGAGAUCUUUGACUCCAUGGUUGCCGAGCACGGCGCAGAGCUGUGGCCGGAGCACUACGCGUGCGUUGUCGACAUGUUAGGCCGCGGGGGGAGGCUGGAGGAGGCCGAGGAGCUCAUGCUGCAGAUGCCGUCCGGGCCCCUCCUGGGCGCCUGCAGGAUCCACGGCAACACGGACGUUGGCGAGAGGGUCGCCGGUGUCCUGACAGAGAAGGAGCCCAAGGAGUCCGGCGCGUACGUGCUGCUGUCGAACAUCUACGCUGAGAAGGGCGACUGGGCCAGCGUGGCGAGGGUGAGGCGGCAGACGCGGGAAGGGUUCAGCUGGGUGGACGCCGGUGGCGUCGGCGGCUCGCUGCAACUGCACAGGCUAUCGUCGGACGACACGACGCAUCCGCUCACGGAGGAGAUAUACAGAGUGGCAGAGGGGCUAGGCUGGGAGAUGAAAGUCUUGUAGAGCUGCUUGCAGAUGGAAAUGGAAAGCCUUAUUUGACGCCCGGAAAAUGCA